AUCAAUCACUAAUGGACUGGAUAGUAAAGACUGUCAUUGAAGAGGAACCAAGAACUGACCAGAUGGACGUUGAGUGUCAGCGCUGGACCAACAACCAAUCCGAUGAGUGCCACUGUACUGACAACCAAUCAGAAGAGUGUGACUGGACGGACAACCAAUCGGAUGAAAGUGGAGAGUUGCACCGAGAGGAGUUGGAGGAGUUCUUAUGCGAAAUCCAUGAGGGCUGUGCUACUGACCUCUACAGACAUCCUCAGCUGGACAUGGACAUAGAUUCGGUGAAGGCCAUCUACGCUGACACGGCUGUCUCCGUCAGAGAGCAUGGGUCCAUUGACGAUGUGGACGUUGACAUGCUAAUCAAUGUCAGCUUCCUGGAUGAUGAAGUAGCCAGGGCCUGGAAGAUCAUCCCAACAGAGCCUAUUAUUGUCCGGCUGCGCUUCUCUCUGUCCCAAUACCUGAAUGGGCCAGCACCCUCUGUGGAGGUGUUCCAACCUUCUAACAGAGAAGGAUUCAGCCUGGGACUACAGCUGCAGAAGGUCAUCUCUAGCUUUGUGUCCCAGCAGUGGAAGUACCUGAGUAAUGAAACCCUCACGGCCCAACAGAAGACCAGACACACUUGGUUCAAACCUGGAGGAACCAUCAAGAGGUUCAGGGCUGGACUCAGCAUCCUCUCACCCAUGUCCAAGUCCAGUGGCCAGGAGCAUGUUCUGAAGGUGAAGAUGAUUGGACCGGAGCUGAAAGUGAAUCGCCUUGUGAAUCGGACAAUGGCUUACACCAUCAAGAACACCAGAGGAGAACUCCUCACGUACACAACUAAUGGCAAGUGUGUCAACAUUAAUUUUGUCAUGUUUGGUUUCGUAACUUUGAAAUACGCAGAGACGCGAGAUCCCACUCUGAAUGAAUACUGUGUGGUCGAUUGUGACGACGAACAACACGUCUUUCAAUACGCCUCUAUGUUGAAGGUAUGGCUCUGCUCAGGGAAACUGUGCGUGUUUUCUUUCUACACCUUGGGAGUGAUGGCAGGAGCUGCAGAGGAGGUGUCGAAUGGAGCAGAAGGCUAAGACACUUUGGUAGCCAUGUGCCGGGCAGCUCUGAGAUCCUCCCGAAAGAGCAUCAUCCUCGAGCCAUACCCCUCUGUGGUCGACCCACCACAACCCCAAACCCUGGCCUUCAGUCCCAAGAAGAAGAGCUACGAUCGACUGCAGAAAGCUCUGGACAGCAUCAUGACCAUCAGGGAGAUGACCCAGGGUCCGUAUUCAUCAAUCAAGAAACAGAUGGACACCAUAGAUCCUCUUGCUCACCCUCUGCUGCAAUGGAUCACAUCAAGCAACAGAUCACAUAUUGUCAAGCUACCGCUGAACCGGCAACUGAAGUUCAUGCACACUCCACAUCAGUUCCUGUUGACCAGCAGCCCUCCUGCUAAAGAAGCACGCUUCCGGGUCGCUAGGAAACUAUAUGGCAGCACCUUCGCAUUCCAUGGUUCCCACAUAGAGAACUGGCAUUCUAUUCUGAGAAAUGGACUUGUCAACGCCUCAUGCACAAAACUGCAGCUGCAUGGUGCUGCGUAUGGGAAGGGUAUCUACCUGAGUCCUGUCUCUAGCGUCUCAUAUGGAUACUCAGGAAUGGGUAAAGGACAGCACCACGUGACCACCAAACAGGAGCUGGUCAAACGUUACAACCGCAUCAACACCAUACAACAGGAAAGACACGGCCAGUCCAGGUUUCUUCAGAGCAGGAAUUUAAACUGCAUCGCACUUUGUGAAGUGAUAACAUCAAAGGACCUUCAGAAACAUGGGGACACGUGGGUGUGUCCAAUAUCCGACCACGUCUGUACAAGAUUCUUCUUCGUGACAUAAGGAUUGAGGAAGAGAUAAUACGGGGUGGUUGGGACCUAAGCCUAUCUGAGGAGGACAUAUGAGACAGAGCUUUAAGUACAGUAUGGCUGGAGACAGCUAUAUAUACAGGUUGGCUGGAGACAGCUAUAUAUACAGUAUGGGUCUGGCUGGAGACAGCUGUAUAU